ACACCGGCUCAGUUAAGAUCUCCUGUCCCGCCGCAGACACCACUAGCCGCCAGCCGCUCACCUGUUACCUGUCUCCGGUAACCGAGCAGCUUCAUCCCGGGAAAGGUCGCCUCUGCUGCGUGAUGGCGCGCGCGUUCCUCCUGUUCGUGCUCGUGCUGCCCGGCGUGUUAGCCGGACUUUACUUCAACGAGAAGCAGCCGUGCUACGUCCGCUCGUCCAAGAACAACGGCUCCGGACUCAAGACCCAACCUCGUCCUCAUGAAUAUUUGAACAUUUCUGAUCUGCCCAAGUCCUGGGACUGGAGGAACAUCAAUGGCACCAACUAUGUCAGCACAACCCGCAACCAGCACAUUCCUCAGUACUGCGGCUCCUGCUGGGCCCAUGGCAGCACCAGCGCAAUGGCGGAUCGCAUCAACAUAAAGCGGAAAGGAGCGUGGCCAUCAGCAUAUCUCUCCGUCCAGCAUGUGAUUGACUGCGGUGAUGCCGGUAGCUGCCACGGAGGAGACCACUCUGGUGUUUGGGAAUACGCCAACAAACAUGGAAUCCCAGAUGAGACCUGCAACAACUAUCAGGCUAAAGACCAAAAGUGCAGACCUUUCAACGAGUGUGGGACCUGCACCACUUUCGGGAAGUGUAACAUCGUGAAGAACUACACCCUGUGGAAAGUGGGGGACUUUGGAUCCGUUAGCGGGAGGGAGAAGAUGAUGGCAGAGAUCUACGCUGGAGGACCGAUCAGCUGUGGGAUCAUGGCAACAGACAAGCUGGACGCGUACACUGGUGGUCUGUACUCUGAAUAUUCGGAGGAUCCUUUCAUCAACCACAUCGUGUCUGUGGCAGGAUGGGGAGUAGAGGAUGGUGUUGAAUACUGGAUUGUGCGCAACUCCUGGGGAGAGCCGUGGGGUGAGAAGGGCUGGCUUAGGAUCGUGACCAGCGCCUACAAGGGAGGAAGUGGAAGCAAAUACAACUUGGCUCUGGAGGAGGACUGUAUGUACGGAGACCCAAUUGUGCCUAAGGCCUACCUGUAGAGGAGCCAGGUGCCUCCAUCUGGACCAGAGGCUGUCACUUUACACUGUGUAAUGGUAUGUCUUCUAUCUCAGGCAGAAGAAUUCUUUUUAUAAUGGGUGCCCUGCUCCGCAAUGUGUACUUUAGAAAAGGGAAUAAAUACAGAGCUAUUGUAUUUUAGAUUUUGCCAUUAUUAGCAUGUGAUCAGGGAUUUUCAAAUUUAAAUGCCAAGGACUUCCCACUGGUUAUGCAUUAGACUUCAGUCGCACUUACGCGAGGAUGUUGUGGACUGUGAAUUUCCUCUCAUUUACCAUGGGAAGUGUGUAGGCUGAAACAGCCUAAAAUGUUGAAUGUCAUAUCAGUGAAAGAAGUGAUUAUUAUCAUUAUUUUCUUUGCCAUAGCAAAAUUCAACGACUGCAUGCCAAACAGCCAUAAUAGAUGCUUUUACUGCUUCAUAGGAUGGGGAUUAUUAUCUUCUAAAAAAAAAAACAACUGUGUUCUAAGGAUGGGUGAUACAACACACAGCUUUUCAUGCCAGUCUUUUUUUUUCUUUGAAAAUUUAAAUUAUCAGUAUAUCUAUACUGACACUACUCAGCCAAAAAACACUGUUCCUGUCAUGUGUCCUGCACUGCUCUGAGAAUAUUUCUGACAGUAUUGUAGAGUCAUUGUGUUGACAAUGAUCUUGCACUCCACCCUUAAAUUUGUAGAAAGA